UCAUGCUGCUGCCAGGUCCAGAGUGUGUCAUGGGUCCCUGUACGGCCUCCCAUUGCUGCUGUCUCCAUCGCCACACUCUGCCAUGUGCCACUUUCAGGUCUCCUCACACUGCUGGUGUGUUCCAUUUUUUGUCAUAGGGUGCUGGCAGAUUACGGGCCUCCCAUAGCUGCUGCCAGGCCCCUAAUCUGCCAUGGGCCCCUGUACCGCCUCCUCAUGCUGCUGCCAGGUCCACAGUGUCUCAUGGGUCCCUGUACGGCCUCCCAUUGCUGCUGUCUCCAUCGCCACACUCUGCCAUGUGCCACUUUCAGGUCUCCUCACACUGCUGGUGUGUUCCAUUUUUUG